AUGUCAGCGGCGGCGGCCGAAGGGGGCGGGCAACGGGGGCCGGGGCCCGGGCGGAGCCAGGGCCAUGGAGCCGCCGCUGCCCGGCUAGGCAGGUGCAGCCCCGCCGGGCCCGUGUCCUUGUCGGGCUACCCGCGCCGCUCCGGCGCCACCCCGCUGUCCCGCACCCGGGGCAUCGUCAUUCCCGACGCUCCAGCGUUCUCUGAGCGCCGGUCUUGUCUCCCCCAGCUAGACUGUGAGCGCCCCCAUGGCAGGGGCCCCGACUCCCCCUUGUUCGGCAUUCGGCCGGCCUUUAUGUGCUAUGUGCCCGGCCCGGUGCUGGCUUCCGUGGGAGACGCAGAUGACAAAUCUGAAGAUCUUGAACAGGCAGAUCCGUUCUCCUUUAAAGAGUUUCUGAAGACCAAGAACCUCGGCCUGUCAAAAGAGGGCCCGGCCCGCAGAGUUUACGCAAAGGAAGGCUCCAGGCGUUCACUGGGACUCGACCUCAGCUCCCCAACCUCCCAAACCCGGGCGUAUGGCUUGGAGUAUCUGCAGCCGUUUUUCGAAGAGCCGGCAGGGGCCGGUGACCUCCUGGAAGAGGAGGAGGACGAGGACACCGGAUGGAGUGGGGCCUACCUGCCGUCCGCCAUGGAGCAGACUCACCCCGAGAGGCUCCCUGCCGGCGCGUCGCCCUGCAGCACAUACCUUUCCUUUCUCUCCACCCCAGCAGAGCUGGCAGGGCCUGAGUCUCUGCCCCCUUGGGCACUGAGUGACACCGGCUCCCGGGGGUCUCCGGCCUCACCAGCAGGGAGUCCUAGCGCAGACUUUGCGGCUCAUGGAGAGUCUCCGGGGGACCGGCACCUACGGAAGCUGCAGAUGAGUUACGAAGCACUGAAAGAUGAAAAUUCUAAGCUGAGAAGGAAGCGGAAUGAGGGUCAGAGCUUCUCUGAAGCUCAAACAGAAAUGCCGAGGACGCUUGAGCGGAAAUUAGAAGCAAAAAUGAUCAAGGCAGAAAACCACGUAAUGAAGCUGAAACAGGAGGUAAAUUUGCUUCAGGCGCAGGUCUCCAACUUCCAGCGAGAGAACGAAGCCCAGCGGCGCGGCCAGGGCGCCAGCCUGACCGUGGUGAAGCAGAGCGACACAGCUUUGCAGAACCUCGGAGGGGUCACGAGCGGCGCACAGGCUUCCAUCAAGCAGCUGGGUUCGGGAGCCGAGACGCUGAAUCUUGUUGUUGAAACCCUUAAAUCUACAGACAGAAUUUCUGAGAUUACAGAUGAGGAGGACCCUUGAGGACCCCCGGGUGUUUUCGGCUGUGUGUAUGCUCCGAGAUCACCACCGCUUGUCUAAAUG